AAGAUGGCCGCGACUAGAGAGGCGGUUACUCUGAGUAGAAAGUACACUACGCAUUGACACUUUAUCUUGGAUUUUAAUAAACUUCAUAUGGGAAUUAUUUUCAUGUUCCAGUAAUAGAUCGUCUCAACGUUCAAGGUUCUGAUAGUUCAUGAUGGCGACAGGUGGAACGCCAUUUGAAGACGGCACAGAUGAGCAGGAGCUGCACAACCGGACCAUCUCCAACGGAAGCUUAGAUGACCGACUCAACAAUAUGGAUUGGGGAGUGCAGCAGAAGAAGGCCAACCGCUCCUCUGAGAAGAACAGGGAGAAGUUAUCUGCUAUGUCAGAGAGCCGGCUAACCAAUGACAUUUCUCCAGAGUCCACUCCUAGAGCAGGACGACGGAGGGCACGUACACCCCAUUCCUUCCCUCAUGUGAAGUACAGCACUCAAAUGUCUGUGCCCGACCAGGCUGAGCUUGAUAGACUCCGGCAGGUCAUAAACUUCACCGAUCUGGAUGAGAGAAGUAUUGGCAGUGAUUCUCAAGGCCGCGUCACUGCAGCCAACAAUCAGAGACAGCUGUCUACUGAGGCCAAGAAACCUUUCAACUUCCUGCCAAUUCACCUCAACACUAACAAAAGCAAAGAGCCCACUGCAACCACCUCUUCCACACCUGGGGGCAAGGAACCCAAGAAACAGAGUCCUGGGAAAGAGUUGUUUGCCCCAGUUCCUGAUGCGGUUAAAGAGCCUUUUAGUCUGGACAGUGGCCAUCAGUUCACAUCAGAGGAUGGAAAAGCAGAGCUUGGCAUUGACAGCAGUCAGGUGGUCAGUAAACUGGUGCAAAUUCGUGAAUACAUUGGGAAGGCCACAUCCAUGAGAGACGACCUGGUGGAAAAGAACGAUGUGCCUGCAAAUGUGGAACGUCUCUCUCUCCUCAUCACUCACCUGAAAGAACAGGAGAAGUCUUACUUGCGUUUUCUUCAGAAGAUGCUGGCGAGGGAAAAUGAGGAUGAUGAUGAAGGUGCCACGGUGGACUCUGCAGUGGGUUCAGGCUCAGUGGCCGAGAGCACAUCUCUGAACCUGGAGCUGCGCUCCGAAGCCUCCAGUGCCACUGGCCAUGGGUUGUGUGGAGAGCAGAAAGAAGAGCUAGAGAAUAUGCGAAAGCAGCAUGAUCUACUGAAAAAGAUGCUGGAACAGCAGGAACAACUCCGAGCACUACAAGGCCGUCAGGCAGCACUACUGGCCAUGCAGCAAAGCGCUGAACAAGCCAUAGCAGUGAUGGAUGACACUGUUGUUACAGAGACUACUGGAAGUGUGUCUGGCAGGAGCAUUACCUCAGAGCUCAAUGAUGAACUCAACGAUCUUAUCCAGCGUUUCCAUAACCAACUCCAUGAUUCACAGUCCCAGACGGUCCCUGACAACCGGCGACAGGCAGAAUGUCUCUCUCUUUCAAGAGAGGUGUGCCGAUCACGCACUACCCAUAAUUCCAGGAGACAGUUGCCUGAUUUAAAUCCAGCCCAACCACAGACUCCAAGUAACUGGAUGGACAUGAACAGUUUGACGAAAGCUCAUGGUGCCUCCAAUAAUAGAGAUGGCCGUCUGAACACAGAAUGUGAAAUCAAUAACCGCUCAGCAGCCAAUCUCCGCAGUCUCAACGUCCCUUCAGUCAUAGAAUGCCAAUUCAACCGGGAUAGGCCUUACGAUGGUGUUAAAGAUGAGGAUGAUGAUGAGGCACAGGAGGAUGGUGAUGGGGCAAGAGGAGGAGGAGGAGGAGGAGGAGGAGGAGGAAGCAGAGGCAGAGGCAGUGACGGUUCAGGGUCCAGUCGUAGAAGCAGUCUAGGUGGUGACACAGAUUAUGCUGAGAAAGUCCAACGUCUUCAAACAGCCAAACAGAAACUCAGACAACUCCAAGAACUGGUGGCCAUGGUGCAGAGUGAUGAUACAGAUGGUACUACAGCUAAUGAGGAUGAGGGUUUGAAGCAACAACCCAAUAACACCCGAGUAACAGCUCCCAAAAUCCGGAGAGACAUCGUCCUUUCUGAAAAGUCCAGAGAGAAAUUGUAUGAGGAGAAACUCAAGCAGCAGCAGCAAGAACUAAAGCAGCUCCAUGAAGAGAGACAGAGACUGAUGGAGAUUCAGGGCAAGAUUCAAGACUUACAAUGGGCCUGUCCUGACCUUCAGUCAUCCGUGAGCAGUAGUGUCAGCGGUCAGAUGAGGAAGAUUCCUGCAGCAGCCUCUAGUCCUGAUCAUGUACCGUUACACUCCUCUUCCUCAACUAAAACCAACACUAGUGGCCUCAAACCCACCACUGAGCCUCCUCCAGUUACUGUCACUGACAAUGAGCUCUGGUCAGAGAUGCGAAGGCAUCAGAUGUUGCGUGAGGAGUUGAGACAGAGGCGGAAACAUUUGGAGAGUCUGAUGGCAGAGCAGCAGAGGAGAAACACACUCAACGAUUCUCCAUUCAGGAGUGACACACAUGAGACCCAGUCGUACAGCCGUGAUGAAAGAACUGUGGCCACCUGGGGUGGUUCGACACAGUGUCCCUUUGGUGAUGAUGAUGAUUACUCCUCUGAGAUGGGGGCUGAGGAAGAUGUUGACGUUGAACAUGAUGAGGGAGAGGAGUCCAGUUCCACCGAUGAGCUGCAUGCUUGCAAACAAAAACAACGCAACUAUAGCAGGAAUAACAGAGAUGGACUGAAAAUUCACAGGGAAAUUAACGGAAGUCCUUCCCCUUGUGGAUCAAGGGGUCGUCCUCGUCAGCAGCCACAGAAUGAGAGAGGAAGUUCCAGUAGAGCCAAACGGCAGGAGAAUCUACGAUGGGCGGCUGAUCUGUCUCUCUCUGAGGGUGCUGCACCAGCACACUGGCAGGAGCAGAUCACACACCUUCAGAAACAGCUCAACUUCAGCACUACCAUGUGCCAAACUUUGCUACAGGACCAACAGACUCUUUCAUACAUGCUGCAGGCUCUGCUCGCAGGUCCCUAUGGUGUUGUGCCCAAUAAUGUGACUUCUCCUCAAAUCCCUCUCAUCAUGCACCAACUAAACCAGUGUUACACACAACUGGCUUGGCAGCAGAACAACGUCAAUCGGUUGAAACAGGUUCUGAAUGAUCUGUUGCGGCAGCAGCAGAAUCAGUCAUUGUCAGGACAACAGCACAAUCAAAAUGUUGCGUGUGAUUCUGCAUCAUCAUCUCUAUUCGUAAACUACCCACCUGUCAAUACACUCAGUAUGUCUGGACUCCCAAACUUCUCUCCUUUCCCAACUGGCUUUAAUUUCAGUCCCAUGUUUCCCUCCUCAGCAGGAGAUUUCCAGCAGAACCAGGCCGGUUUAGAUCAACAGCACGAUCCAAACAUAUCCCUCAAAACAGAAUACAUGAGUUUCCCCCCUCCACUGCAGAGAUCUCCACUCAACAACGCAGAGAAACGGUUUCAAUCUCAGCCUGAUACUGUGGCCAACGCUAGUAACUCUAGCUGGUUAAACUCCUCUCUGAAUCGCUCUGGUCAGAGAACCACCCUCACCUCAGACCAUCCAAGUCAGAACUCUCCUUCCUCCUCUCCUAUCCCUCAUCCUUGCACUACCCGGGAUCUUUCUUACAUACCUGACUCCCAGGAGUCAGUGAGCAGCCUUCCAGAUAGGGCAGAUCCAACCACUGUCACCAAGACCUUCAGAGCAGGGCGCAAGGCUGCAGCACAGGCCAGCCUGGCCUCUAGGGACAAGACCCCCAACACAAAGAGCCGCCGCAGGAGAGGCAGGGGACGGAAGAACACAGCAUCUCUGGACAGUGACAGUGUUUCAAGUGACUCUCACUUUGAUCAGGACAGAGAGCGCUCCUCUCAGGUCAAAUACAAAGAUCUCAACCAGGGUCUGCUAGACAAACUCACCCAGGAGAAACUGGACAGCAAGGCUAAGAACAGCAAGUCAAAUGACCUUUCAUCUGCAUAUGCUUGGAGAACACCUUUUCUCUCUAACAGAAUUGCAUGCACUGAAGUCCCAGACGUGAGCAGUGAUUUCUCUCUGUUUGAGGCCCUGAGAGAGACAAUCUACUCUGAGGUGGCAACUCUGAUCUCUCAGAAUGAGUCUCGCCCUCACUUCCUCAUCGAGCUUUUCCAUGAGCUUCAGCUGCUCAAUACAGACUACCUGCGCCAGAGGGCACUCUACUCACUACAGGACAUUGUAACGAGGCACCUGACAGAGAAGAGUGUGGCAGAUGAGCAGGCAUCAUCUUUGGGUCCGGCCGUAUGGGCCACAGGCUCCCAGUCAGAGCUCACACCUAGUGAGAGCUUGGCUACCAGUGACAAUGAUGCAUCUGAGAAGAUUGUAACAGUUAAAUCCAACUCUGUAUUGAAGAGGGUAGCAGAUAGAGACUCGAUGGACAACGAGAGCCUGCUGUCCACCUCUUCCAACCUUGAACCCUUUGCAAGUGAUGACCCGGGUAACACAGUAAUUCAUUUAGAUAAGGCAUUGGCCAGAAUGAGGGAGUAUGAGCGCAUGAAGCUGAGGGCUGAGUGUAACACAGAUAACCCUGAGCACAGCCCUGGAGCUGCUGCUGCUGCUGCUGCUGCCGCCUCAGCACUCACUCAAGGUGCUGGACAUUCGUCUACAGAUGCACAUUGUCCUCAGAUUGACACACAACAGCUUGACAGACAGAUUAAAGCCAUCAUGACAGAAGUUAUUCCUUUCCUAAAGGAGCAUGUUGGGGAGGUGUGUUCACACCAGCUGCUCAGAUCUGUGAGACGCAUGGUGCUCAAACUCACUCAGAAAAAUGAUGAAAGCAAAGAGUUUGUUCAGUUCUUCCACCGACAGCUGGGCGGCAUCCUGCAGGACUCCUUGAGUAAGUUUGUUGGGGGGAUGCUGCAGGACUGCGGUGAGGACCUGCUGGUGGAGAUCUCGGAGAUCCUCUUUAAUGAGCUUGCUUUCUUCAGACUGAUGCAGGAUUUAGAUCAGAACACCUCUGAAAACAAACACAGAACCAAAAGACGCUCUGACCACACAUCUCCAAAACACUCACCUCACACCGAGGAGGCUAAAACACUAGAGAGAGAAAAGACAUUCUCCCCAUCAUAUUUUGAUGAAGACAGAGAUCAGGAUGAGACUGAGCAGGGAGGGACGCUUCAUGAGAAGGAAGAGGACAAGGAGAAAGAUGCACAGAGCAGUGAAGCAUCUGAGGUGGAAGAAGAGGAGGGAGAAGGGCUGCCUCUUUCUAUAAGCCUAUCUAAAGCAGAGACACAGGCUCUAUGCAACUACGGCAGUGGAGAAGAUGAAAAUGAAGUGGAGGAGAUGGAGGAGUUUGAAGCUGGACCUGUUGAGGUGCAAACAUCAUUACAAGCCAGCAUGGACAACACUAGUGAACACAGACAGGGCUCUGCCUUACGAAACGAAGCCCUCCAGGAAACCAAAUCAGACCUAGAAAACUCAGAAAGCAGCCAAUUGAAAAGCAUAAAAUCUGAGUUCAAAGACUUGGUUCAGCCUCCAGAGGAGGGCAGAGAGGAGGCAAAAACUGGUUCAGGAGAUGAAAGAGACAAUGAGGACUGUACUGUUUCACCAGCCCAGGAAACACCACAGAGCUCAGAUACAGCCAGUCCCGACACGGAGUCUCUGGUCAUGAUCAACACUGAUGAGGCAGGAUCUGGAAAUACAAGCCAGAGAUCAGAUGAGGAAGAUUUUGUGAAAGUGGAGGACCUUCCUCUUCAAAUGUCUGUUCUGUGUGAGGAAGAGCUUUGUAAGAGGAUCUCAGAAAAGCAGCAAAAUAUUAACUUGACAGCUGAAAUUCUCAAUGAAAAUAAAGAUGAGCUUACAGGAUUGGUGGGAAAUGCUCAAGCACUCAAAGAGCCGGAAACCACUGGAGCCCAGAGUGCAUGAGAAUGAUCUUUUGAUCCGUCUUACACUGCAAACCAUCAUUCAUGCAACAUUACUGUAUAAUGAGCUUAAUAACUUAAGAUUCUUGAAAACAACAGUUAAGCUAAGUCUUGGUGAAUUAGCCUGUCAGCAUGUGAUCUAACAGUUCAAGAGAUCUCUCUACACUUGUAAGUACUUUUAUUCUGAUUGUUUUAUGGGGAAUGUAGGAGAUGAUGUUUUGUAGGGGCUGUCUUUAAGCUGUUCUGUAGACUGUAAGUACAUUUUCUGUGUUUCUUUGUUCAGCCAGAAAUCUCUGUAAAAGCUCCUUCAAAGGCUUCGGUUUAAGGGAUGCAAAACAUUUUUGUGUUCCUAUGUUUGGCAUGGUUUGGCUUUUGUUUAUGCAUUUCUUUCUAGGAUUCCUUCCGAGACCGCUAGCAUUUUUUUUGCCAAUGCAGUACAUAAAGGACAAUAGAUGUUUGUUCCUCUGAUUCAGGACAAAACUUAAGCACAUUUGGAAAAACAAUAUCCCUAUUUAAAUGUAUUUGACACGUCCCAGAUUGCACAGUGAAAUGUGUAAUGGAUAGAGCAGAAUCGCAUAUUAGCACUGAUACGUUGUCCUGUCUUCUCUUAUUGCAGUCUUUUAAAUGUUUUCUCUUGCUUUCAAUUUCACUUUUUUUUUAAAGGCAUGUUGGCCAAUGCUUGGGUUCUCACCCCAUUUCACCUCCUGUAAUUCUCUGAUGUUUAGACAGAUUUAAAAUAAAUAAAACGUAGAUUUUUACCAUU